AUGCCUCGACGAAGCCGAGGAUGUAGAGCAUGUCGGCAAAGACGGAUAGGUUGUGAUGGCGCUCUACCAAGCUGCCGCCAGUGUCUUCUUACCAAUCGCCAAUGCUCUGGGCCUCUGCAGGGUACCAUCAUCAUUGAUCAGACUGCAAGUGUCAAGACCCGCUACAGGAAGGCCCCUUUUGGCUCGGACAAAAAAAAUGUCUCGAUGAUGCAUCAGCCAUCAUAUGGAAAGAUCUGGUCACUGGCCUUCGCUUCCGAGAUCUUCUCAAUGAUAACGUCUACGACUGAUCGGCCUACAAGACCAGCGUGGUUACGUCGAUUGAGCGACGUACCUCUAAAUGAGAGAGGCUUGGCCCUGGAUCUUUCUCUUCAGGCACUCGCUAUUGCUUACUAUGGAGCGACUUCUAGCAACAGCUUGGUUGUUCAACAUGCCUGGUUAAUAUACGGGAAGGCCCUAUCUGGACAGUCCAAGGCUGUUUCUUAUCGCUCUGACGCGUCAAGUGCAACCAUAAUAUAUACAUCUGUAAUCAUGUCACUCUUCGAAGCUGUAUGCUCCACGGAUGUCGCCGCCUAUGCCGCCCACCUUGCUGCGACUCGGAAAAUGCUAGCUUUAGCAAGCUCUCAGCUUGCUCAGAACGAAUUGCUUAGACAGGUGGCUCUACAUGUCCAAUACCAAACGUUGCUUAUGAUGAUAGCUUCGCCACUUGAUUACCUAGCGCUCGAACCAGAUACUGAUAUGUGGACUCGCCUGACAUUGAACAUGGCUAAUAGUUCGCAGCAGGUAGCUGACCAGUUAAUACCUCAGUUAUUCAAACUAGGAAAAAUAUUGUCUGCUAAAAUACAUGAUCCCGAAAAUCCUGUUGCCCAUUGCAACGACAUACGGUCAAACAUUGACAAGAUUUGGACUGGAUAUGAAGAUCAGGCAAAUUUACGCGGCGAAUAUAUUCAAUACAAUUUGGAAGGUGAAAUCAAGUAUCGGAAUGGUUCGACAGCUAUAGUUACGUCGUACUAUACCACUGCCAAAAUGAUGUUCUCCCUCGCUGAACCCCAAAAAAAUGCAAGCGAGAUCAACAAUUAUUGUCAGAUAAUUAUUGAAUGCGCUAUGUUUCUUUUCCGAACCCACAGCUCAGUUGGUUGUGCGCUAUUACCCUCUUUCCUUCCAUUAACUCUUGUGGCGAUGUACAGCCCAUCACCAAACUACCGAAGAAUGGCUUACAAUUUGCUUAAUGAUCGGGUUUUAGGUACACCAUUCGCAGGUUUGAGGUCGAUUAUACUUCAACAAAUCGGUUCAGUGGACAAAAAUACCUCACCUUGCGGAAUCGAUAUGCAGAUGGCAGUGCCGACAAACUUGUUGCUAUGA